GUGGGGAAGGGCUUAAAGGCUGAGUCAAAAGCCAAGAAGUCUCUUUAUUUACGCCUACCUCCCUGCCCGUGGCUAUCUGACUAAUAACUGCGCUAACAAGAAAGACUAGAAAGAGCAGAGAGCACACAGAAGCAGCUUGCAUCUGAAAAUCUGACAAAGUAAGUGAUCAAGUUAAGCUCUGCUGAGCAUCUUGUUUGUUUACUGCAUCCAAAUGCUUGCAAACAGUUAACUAUAUGCAGAUAAGUCAGCAUAGCUGUGAAGUAUGCUGUGAAUUUUAAUUGAGGAAGAAGGACAACUACUUACAGGAUAGUCUAAUGCACACGCUGCCUGGAAGAUUUUUUCAUUUGAAUGCUUUGUACUUUGUCUUCUGAACAAGGAUUUUAACUUUAUGGAACUGUAGUAUUGCCAGAGCUUGCAGCAAAGUGAAACUCAGAAGAAAGUGUGCGUUUUUCACAGGGAAAAAUUACAUCGCAUUGAAGCAGCUGCUUCAACUGUGCAUUGGUGAGCUUUUCAGGGAGCGUUACUGCUGUACAGAAUCUGCUGGGCAUCAUGAAGCUCUGGAUUUUUAUUCUAUAUUCAGUUGUCGUUGCAUCUGAUCCUUUCCACUCACAGCCUUCUUUUUCUUCAGUCGGAGGAUCUUGUCAGAGUUUGUGCUCCUGUGAAGAAAAGGAUGAUACCAUGAUUAUAAACUGUGAAGAAAGAGGCAUCAAGAUGGUAUCAGAAAUAAAUGUCCCACCAUCACGGCCUUUCCAUCUUAAUCUGUUAAACAAUGGCCUGACUGUGUUACAUGUGAAUGAUUUUGCUGGCCUUGUUAAUGCUCUCUCUCUACAUCUUGGUUUUAAUAAUAUUGCAAAUAUUGAGCCUGGGGCUUUCAAUGGUCUCAGCCUUCUUAAGCAACUCCAUAUCAAUCACAAUUCUUUAGAAACACUUAAAGAAGAUAUGUUUAAUGGACUGGAAAAUCUGGAGUUUCUUCAAGCAGACAACAAUUUCAUCACAGUGAUUGAAGCAAGUGCCUUCAGCAAGCUCAACAGGCUUAAAGUGCUUAUUUUGAAUGAUAAUGCCAUUGAGUAUCUUCCUCCGAACAUAUUUCGUUUUGUGCCAUUGACCCAUUUAGACCUUCGUGGAAACCAAUUACAGACACUGCCCUAUGUUGGCUUUUUGGAACACAUUGGUAGAAUACUAGACCUUCAGCUGGAAGACAAUAAAUGGGCCUGUAACUGUGAUUUGCUGCAGCUGAAAAUAUGGCUAGAAAACAUGCCUCCUCAGUCAAUUAUAGGUGACAUUGUAUGUGAUAGUCCUCCAGUUAUCAAAGGUAACAUCUUAAGUCGAUUGAAAAAAGAAGCACUUUGUCCUACUCAUCCUGCCAAUGAACUUGAAGAUCCUUCAGGGUCACUGCCCUUGGUUGUAACCACCUCUAUCAGUGAUAGUCACCUGUCAACUAAGGUGAUUCCUAUCCUGAAAGCUCCUACUAAAGAGCCAAGUUUAGUGCUUCAUACUUCAAAGCCUACUACUGAGUUUCCAGGAAUCUAUUGUCCUGUCCCCUGUCACUGCACGAGCCAUAUGCUCUCAGGAGUUCUCAUGCACUGCCAGGAGCGAAAUAUUGAAAGCUUGUCCGAUUUAGGGCCACCUCCUCCAAAUCCUAAAAAGCUUAUUCUAGCUGGGAACAUUAUUCAGACAUUACUGAAAUCAGAUCUUGUGGACUAUGGCAGCCUGGAAAUGCUUCACCUGGGGAACAAUCGCAUUGAAAUCCUAGAGGAACGAUCUUUCACAAAUCUGACUAGACUGCAGAAAUUGUAUCUCAAUGGUAAUUAUCUUACAAAGCUGAAUCAGAAUCUCUUCCUCGGCCUUCAGCACCUUGAAUACUUGUACCUUGAAUAUAAUGCCAUCAAAGAAGUUUUGCCAGGGACAUUUAAUGUAAUGCCAAAACUUAAGGUUCUUUAUUUAAAUAACAACCUUCUGCAGGCUUUGCCACCGCAUAUCUUUUCAGGUGUUCCACUUACCAGAUUAAAUCUGAAAACAAACCAAUUUUCUCAUUUGCCUGUGAGCAAUGUCUUGGAUGAACUGGAUAUGCUGGUACAAAUUGAACUUGAAGACAACCCCUGGGACUGUACCUGUGAUUCUGUUGCGUUGCAAAAAUGGAUACAAAAACUGGGUAAGAAUACAAUGAUGGGUGAUAUUUUUUGUAAAUCUCCAGGACACCUAGCAAAAAAAGAGCUGAAAUCCCUGAACAGUGAAGUCUUGUGUCCAGGUUUAAUAAACAGCCCUGCUUUACCGACUCAUGCCAGUUUUGUAGUUGUGACAACUUCUACUACGACUACCAACACCGCAGACACCAUCUUGCGGUCCCUUACAGAUGCUGUUCCACUUUCUGUUCUAAUAUUAGGACUUCUAAUUGUGUUUAUAACUAUUGUAUUUUGUGCAGCAGGAAUAGUUGUUCUUGUUCUUCAUCGACGACGAAGAUGCAAAAAGAAACAAGUGGAUGAUCAAAUGAGGGAUAGUAGUCCCGUUCACCUUCAGUAUAGCAUGUAUGGGCAUAAGACAACACACCACACAACGGAGCGCCCAUCUGGAACUCUUUAUGAGCAGCGUAUGGUUACUCCCAUGGUUCAGGUCUACCGCAGCCCAUCCUUCAGCCCCAAGCAUACUGAACAACAGGAAGAGGGAAGUGAGAAGGAAGCUAAUGACUCCAAACAUCUCUGCCGAAGUCUCCUGGAAAGAGAGAACAACUCACCUCUUACGGGUUCAAAUAUCAAAUACAAGGCUACAGAUCAAUCUGCAGAGUUUCUGUCUUUUCAGGAUGCCAGCUGCUUGUAUAGAAACAUUCUUGAAAAAGAGAGAGAACUUCAGCAACUAGGGAUCACAGAGUAUCUGAGAAAAAAUAUUGUCCAGUUCCAGCCUGACAUGGAAGUUCAUUAUCCUGGAACACAUGAAGAGCUGAAGCUAAUGGAGACACUCAUGUACUCCAGGCCAAGAAAAGUUAUUCUAGAACAAACUAAAAAUGAGUAUUUUGAACUCAAAGCUAAUUUACAUGCUGAGCCUGACUACCUGGAAGUCCUGGAGCAACAGACAUGAAGUGAUACUACUUCGGUCUGGGGCCGAAUUUCUGUAAUUCUAUUUUAAGUUGGAACCAUUGUAAAUAAAAGUGCCUUAUAAUAACAUGUCAACAGUCAGAACUUAAGCACAGCAGUAAUCCUAGCAAAAAAAACUCAGGGAUCACUGUGGGAAGCCAUGGGGUUAUGUGCAGGCAAUAUGUCUUACCCCAAGUUAAACAUGAACUUUGUGUGAUUGAACUGUGGGAGGAAGAUUGGCUAUUGAAAUAUUCCUCAACAUUUUUAAAAAGUGUGUAUGGCACUCCAUUCUGUACCUGACCUGUGGGAAAAAUAUGUUCCCUUUCCUUGUUUUUCCACUCAAUUUAAUUAGAUUCUUUUAAAAAAAGAAAUAAAAAAAUCACACCUGUGUUUGUAGUUACAAGGUUAGAGUGGAUUGGUUAGGUUAGUACAUGCACUGCAUUCAUGACCAUUGUCUACAGCUGCACCUAACAUACCAUUAUAACAAAUAUGAAAGAGUUAAAAUGUUGUCAUACUAAAUGUCAGUUAAAAAAAAAACAACAAAAAACAAAAAACCCACACAGAAAAAGAAAAUAUUUUUGUCUGGGUACCCAGAACCUGCAAACAUUUAAGUACUUUACAUGAAACUUCAUUGUGUGCAUUUUGUAUCAGUAUGUGGAACGAAAAAUGUGUAACCGUAUUUACCCAACAUCUUCCAUGAAGAAAAAAGCAAGCCUUUUGAAUUAAAAAAACAAACCUUUUGCUACUUUCCCUAUCUGAUAGCUUUACCUAAGUUUGGACAAUCUUUUCUUGAGCUGCUGCUAUAAAAUAUUGUUCAUCACUGGUGUUUCAACUCAUAAUCCUGGGCAAUUUGAAAAGCUACUGAGAAUCAUCUGUAAAUAUGUUACUGUGUUUAACAAGUUUGAUUUUUUUUUUUUAAUAUAUAUCUAUAUCUAUAUAUAAGUAACUUCUGUGCUGGCUUUAAAUAUUCUUGGAAAAAAAUGAGUUUGCUGUGGCUAGGAACUUCCAAGUGCAAAUACAGGUCCCUUUUCAUCCUGCCCAAAAGCAGCUCCCAGACAGAACAACUGCAACAGUACAGACAAGUGGAAGAAUGAUAGUAUUUAGCUGUUUGUACAAAAGCAGGUUAUAUUUUCUGGAAUUAGAAGAACUUAAUGUGUUAUGGGAAAAAUAGGUAAAAAAAAAAGUAGAACACUGCAGGUUUAUUUUUGCAAUGAAUUCUUGCUAGAUUUAUAUUUGCUAUUUAUUCUGUGUAAUUUUGUAUUUUUUUUUAAUUGACAAGAAAAGAAAAAGCUUAUUCCUGGCUGCCUUUCAAGCAACUCAAGGAACUGCUCUCUAUCAAUGAAAAAGAAAUAAAGAGGGUUUUUUAAUGUCUUUUUCUUAAAGGUCGCUUUUUAAAGAAGCAAGCAAAUCCUGCAGGCACAAGUUUAAAAUUGUUUGGGAAAUAAACACGAUUCUCACUCUUGUCAUAUGGACAGAAGCAUCUUGUCCAGAGUGCAGUAAUUCCAUUCAAUUUUUGUGCAUGACUGACAUGGUGCCAAACCACAAAUUCUGACCUGUAUUUAUCUUCCUCUAAGCAAAUCUUUUAUAAGCUGACUAUGCAUGAACUCUUUUGUUUUUUUUUUUCUAAUUUGUAUUUGUAGAGCUGAAGAUCAGCAUCAUUAGUACAUGUCCACCUAUGUAUGCUAAACUUCUCAUUGAAGUCCUGAUAAACUCAAAAGUUAUUGCUUAUUUCACCUUACUACUGAUAUCUUACCUAUUUGUAUAUACAAAUAUGAGUUCUUCAUAUUGUUUGUACAUAAGUUUCUGAGAGAAAAUUUCCUAUACUGCAUACAAAAUUCAGAUUCUCAGUUCUUUCAAAUCUACAUAGAGUUAAUGACUUUGAUGGUGCUAGACUAAUUUUUGUAAUUUGGGGAUCUGACCACAUGUUGUUUCUCUUAGCAAAUCAACUUCCUUAUUAAUAUUUCUGAGGUGUCAUAAAUUUGCUAUGGAAGUAAAAAAAAAUCAAAAUUUCAGCUGUUAAAGAACAAGUAUUAUUUCCUCUUCCUAUGACUACAAAUAAUUUAGUUCAGAAAACCUUUGUAUUUAGGAGGAUUAGCAACUCUGAUAUAGCAACAAUAAAAUGUAUUUGUCUUACUGCUAUCAUUAUUCCAGAUAAGUAAACAGAAUGCUAAAUACUGUUUGUGCAGGUAAGGGUGAGACAAAAGGGCAAAUGCAGCUACAUAAACUUUACAUUAACUUAAUUAUCUAAAUAGCUAUUAGUUAUUUUUAGCUGCCCUUGCCUAUUCAAGACGUGAAUGUGCUUCAUAGAGGUGUCAUGCAACUUAUGGAAACCCAUGCCGUGAUCUAGAGGAGCAACUGGAACCUUAGUGGGAUGGCUUAGAGCAUCAAAAUGACACUAAAUAUCUGCAUUUAAGCAAUUUACUUUCCAAAAGGAAAAAAAAAAAACAAACUGAGUAACUUCUUUAUUUGAAAUAGUUAAAAUUCAAUGAAAAAUCAAAUUCAGUCAAUGGAAGUGAUACUAGAAAACUCUGAAUAUGAAAUCAGACCUUCUAAUAUUGUUCAUUGUAGGAUUUUCAGAGGUCUCAAAUUAGUACCAAGGAAAAAUACCCAACAAAAACACAGAACAAAACAGUUCGUGGUACUUGAUAACAGAGUUGUGUUUCAGUUUCUAUCAUUUCAGUUGUUAUUUCCAUUAGUAAAAAAUGGGAGUAAAAAUAGUACCCUGCAAUUGGCAAGAUGAAAGGAUAUGAUUCGGGCCCUAAAGCUUUGAUUUAAGGGAAAUAGCUUCAGACUAAAGACAAUUGCCACAUGCACAGUUGUCGCUUUGCUUAGCUGCUAACAGUUACUUGGCAGAAUGUUGAGGACAAAUGUGUAGCAAAAUAUUCUUUGUUGUAGUCUCAAUGCAUCAGAAGGAAGAGUGAUCUAAAUUAAUGUCAAAUCAACUCAAUUAUACAGCUGUAUCAGAGCAUCACUCAGCAGAAUUAAAGUGAGCUUUAACUUUUAGCUUUCCCUUAGCAGGGACAUUCACAUAAUUCACAUGUAAGGGCAACUGUACUCUCUGGCAGUCUGACUUUGCAAGUGGUUUUGCACUAUCUAGGAAUCACUAGAACGUGACACGUUAUCUACUUUCCCAUCAUCUGUCUCUACUGGACUGUCAUGCAGUGAAGGUUUGCAGGAUGAGGAACGAGGGGUCUGCCUAUAGCCUCACCUCUUAAUAACUUCAGAUGGUAAUUUUCCAGCUAUGAGGAAACUUUAUAUUGGCAGAAAAAAAAGGGAUGAGAAUAUGGCCUUAUGUGACUAUUCUCAAGGUGAAUAGUAUCAGUAUCUGCUGAUAAAAAUAAAAUAAUGCCAUAAGAAAUGUAUAAUGUAUCAAGAAAAAAAGGAUGCAAUAUCUGAUUCUAAUAGUUGUUUGAAACAUUUUCAUUAUAAUAACUAGAAAUGUAUCCUUAAUAUUAUUUGUGUUUGCAGAAAGUUGGGAGGGACAUUCAGAAAUAUUUUCUUAAUACCCUUGUCUCUUUUUAUUUUUUCCUAAUGGCAAGGCACAGUUAAGUGGUCUGAUACAAUUAACUUAGCUAGAAUAACAGAGGUUGGAAGGCAAGGAGUGUUUGACAGUUUGCAACUAAAUGCAUGUGUUUUUCUCCUAACAGCACAAUAGUUUAACCGAGUGUGACAACAGUACUUCACCAAGCACACUGGUGUAUAUGGCAGCUAUGUUAUCGUUGUUAGGCUACUUCAAGGUAACCAACACUACCAUUUUUCCCCUCACAUCUGAGUGAAGAAAUAAUAUUACAAAGCACUACAGACCUGUUCCCUAAAUAAACAGUUAUUAAAGCAAUUUAUUACAUUUUAAAAAACUUUUUUAGUAUUUUCAACUUUAUAAAAGUUAAAUGUAUUUUUAUUUCUUUUUCAUGUUAUUUUCUUUUUCUGCUAUAGGUAUUUGUCAUACAGACUUUUAGCACCGAUACUUAAAUAUGCAUUACUUGCAGCGAUGCUUCUCCAAGCUUCUAAACAGCUUGAAAUGCACCAAAACAAAACCAAACCCCCCAAAACCCCCUUCCAUCAAAACCCGCAAAUUUACACAUAAAUUAAAGUAUUUGUUUAUUCGGUAUUAGUCCAAUAUUUUCACGCAUUAUUCUCCACUGGAAUGACAGAUCAGCCUUUCUGUAACCAAAUUCCAGGCUGGAAAUGAAAUAAUCAUUUUACCAGUGAUGAGUCAAACCUACCAGAUUCUAAACCAAAGCUUUUUCACCUGCAGUCACUUUUUCUUGAUUGUAAUUUAAGGAUCAAUUUUGACCUCUCUUUGCAUGACAAAAAAGUCCCCAGUAUGACCCCAAACAAGGGGUGCUUACAAUGUGCAACUUAUUUGUAUUUACUUAGUAGAGAUUAUUAAUUAUAUAGUAUGCUAAACUGAAAAGAUAAAUUUGUCUGGGAUAUCAAACCAUCUUAUAAAGAUUCACUUCUGGUGUCUUAAUAAAAAAAGAGGUAUUUAUCACAAGUAAAACAUUUCACAGGUUAAAGUAAUAAUGCCAAGGGAAAAAUGCAGACAGAAUCUCAGUCAUCAUCAGAAAGGACUCUAUAUUAUCAUUCUGAGAAUGCCAUUACCUAUAGCAGUAAACUUAAUUAGCCACACCAACACAAUCUGUAAGUUUCAUGUAGGUGCACUGAAAUCAUUAUGAGGAAAAGAAAACCCAAUCAAGGACUUGUCCUAAUUCAAAAGAUCAGCUGAAAAACUUUAGCACAUUUUUCUACUCUUCUCUUGUGCUCCCCAGCACAGAAUACUUCAAUUUCCAUUAAUGAAUUUCCUGCUCAGCCGCAGACAGACCUCUGGCAGUACAAUCCACUGUGGCAACGGAAACCUGCUCCAUGGUGAGGUUUUGAAGUGUUUUCAUUGCCUUAAAUGGUCACUUGCUCUGGGACUUAAUGUUUGGUGCAUCCUGUUGGAUUUGUGACAGAAGAUGGAUCUACUACAAAUCCUGUAUUAGAAGUCAAAAGACCUGUCCCUGUUUGACUUUCUGAAGUUUAUGGUAUUCUUGAUCAUGUUCAAGAGUUGAUGUCAAAUCUUUUUAUUACUUGAAACAGGAUUGAAUUGUAGCUGGAAUAAAGAAGUUAAUUGCCAUACUGAAAAAGUACAGUAUUAUUUUUCCUGCACAUUUCCUAACAGUUAGCUUUGGCUUUUUGACACAACAGAACAAACUCUUAAGAGCCACAGUUUAAUGGAUAGCAGCUAACCUCAAGGAAGAAAGUAAAACACCAGAUGCUGUUCAGUUCUAUGAAAGCAAGAUGUGAAGAACUUUUUUUAUUUAUUCAGGUUCACCAAUAUGGAGUGCAAGUACAUGUGCAUAGCACAUUUCAUAAAGCAUUUACCAAAGUUUGUGUUUUAAGACAUGAACUUCAAAAUAUUCACAGUAUGUUUCUCCUAUUACUACUGGAAGGACUGCUUCUACUCCUGCUAUUACUUUUAGUUUUUCAAUGGAAUGAUGGAACACAGAAAAGAAGAAAAAAUUGGUUCCAUAUUUCAAGGAGAAAUGUUAUUUAUUGUAACUUCAGCUGUUUGCCUUUGUAGAUCAACUCAUCGAGAUUAUUUUGAGGUGAAUUGUUUUAUAUGUUAAGAAUUUUUUCAAUUCUUCCAGUUGGAACUAGUUACCAAAGAAACUACAGGAAAGUAGUACUUAAUUGUUCAAACAGAAAGAAGUCUGAAACUUUUUACAUAUGCAGAAAUCUUAAGGAAUUUUAGCAUAAACUUGCACUUUAAAAUAAACUGUAAAAUAGAUUUUGUUAGAUCAUAAAAGUUGCUGUUAUUUUUAUUUUUGCAUUUUUUAACUUCAAAGCCAACAUAACACUUCCAUAAUGAAACAUGUUUGGGUUAAAUACAUAUUAAAUGGUUCCAUACUAAGAAAUAUAAAAAAAAAAUGCUCUUGAAUAUAAUGUGAUACAGCACCCUCACUCCCCCAUUUUUCUGUGCUGAAUAUGUGCAUUGUGCUGUUCAAAAAGUUCCUUUCCUGGUCAAGGAAACCAAAUAAGAAGAUAAAUUCUUUUGUAUCUUUGUUAUAUGCACUUUAUGGGAAGUAGAAUAUUGUGGAUCCCCAUCCCUGUGGUGCAAUAUGUUCACAUAGUUCAUAUUUAAUGUAAUUAUCUAAGUUCAGACUUCAUUAAAUGAAUGGCAUUCUUAACAGAAAGGAUUGACCUAACAAUCCAUCUAUGCAAUUAUGUUCCUUUGUAAAUGGAAGGUCGUUGCAACUGUACUUUUAAAAAAGAUCCUGUGUGACAAAUAUCUUUUGAAAAUGCUAGAUCAGACCCCAAAGAUCCCCUCAAAUUGUUACAAAACUUGAUAAGAUACAAGAGUCCACACUACCAAUGCUAGGCUAGUUUAUAUACAUCUAGACACCCUGGAUCUUUGGGUAACAAAGAGGACAGUAAAAAACCCUCUAAGGUCAUGUGUUAUAAGGAAGAGUUUUUGAGAAUAGUUAAAGUUUAGAUUACUCUUUUCAUCUGGCCUGAGGUGGUCAAUAUUUCACAGCAUUGUUUCAUAUGAUUUAAAGAAGAAUGUAAAACAUUAAGAAAUCAGAAUUGUAGUAUUUAAAUGCCACUAUUCACAGAAGGUAAAUAAUUCCUUAAGGUAUUAUGAAAUGGUGAUUAAGAUAUGGAGAUUUUAACUGCCUCAUAUAUUAUGUGUCUUUAAGUAAUGUAUCACUUCAGGAGAGAUGGGGAGGAGGUACUGUUGCUGUCAAUUGACCACUCAUGCAUUAAGAUUUCCUGAAUGGAAUGUGCUGAGGAUAGCUAUCUUAAUGCUGCUAUACAUGAUAUUAUGAAGGCUGAAUCAUGUUCUAUAGAUUCUAAAGCAGUUGUUUAUUAUAGGAUGAAAUCUGUCACUGCUCUAAGCACUGAAGUGUCAUCUGAAGUCAACUGGACUUGCAUUAUUAUUUUUAUUCAUAGGAACUGCCACAGAACAAACUGAAUCUUCGUUAUUUUAUAUAUAAAAGCAAUCUUGUAAAGAAAAUGAUGCCUCCUUAUUUUUUGAUUCAUGUAAUGAUCCAAGGGCCAUUAAAGCUAAGGAAUGGUGCCUUUUACAUCCGGAGUUAUGCAUCAUAGAAUCAUAGAAUAGUUAGGGUUGGAAAGGACCUUAAGAUCAUCGAGUUCCAUCAUCAUCAUCCUAGGUGAUUGGUUUGUCUGUGCAGAUGUAUAUAGUAAAGAGUGUACAAAAACUUAGGGAUGCUGAUGUACCAAGUUUUUACAGUCGCUGUUCUUAAUUAUAAGGCCAAACUAUAUGUUAACUUCACAAAAAUUAUUCCGAAUAUUCCUGUGACACCAUCUCCUUAAAAAGUGGAAGGUACACGUCUUUUUCCCCCUCAUUUUUUCUAACAGCUAAGUAUGUAAUGAAGAUCACAACACAGGUUAUGAAGGUCAAUAUCAAUAGUAAACACCUAAAAUAUGCCUGAGUGUUAAUAAAACAUACUUCACUAGGAAGCGUAGUGCAGCACUGUGUUACCCAAAGUAUCCAUGGGACCUUAGUCACCAGGAGACUUUCAGGACUUUGCUGUACACAGUCACAGCUGGUCUAGAGAAAGCAAUUGCCCUGCUCAGAGCAGAGGAUUGGACUAGAAAGACUCCAGAGGUCCCUUCUAGGCAAAGUAUUUGCAGUUCUAAUACAGUUCUACAAAAGAUUUUUGAGGGCAAAGUAGAAAAUUCAUUCUCUUCUAUACAUAGGCUUCCUGAUUGUGAAGUUCAGGAAACUGGUGAUGCUCACCAAACACUGUUGUGAAAUAAAGGAUAUUCAACUAACUUCUGUAAGAUACAGAGAAGUGGUAGUAUCAAUGCUGCAUUAAAUCCAGGAGUAUUUCUCUACUGCUAGUGAGAAUGCAUGUGAAAUGUAGUUACCUAAGUAUAUUGUUAAAACUUUUUUUUUUUUACAUAACUGAUGAUUUCAAAUUUCUGAAUAAAAUGCUGAAACUAUAUGAACCCUUGAAGACUAAUCCAUUUCUGUACUAGUCAAACUAAUGAACCUUGUUUGCUUGACAUACUACUGCUGUAGCUCUUCACACAUUUCAAAGAUAACAAUAAUCUUACUUUUUCAGAAUGUCUUUCAGGCUUUAACAGCUCUUACCUUAUAUAUUCUAUUUGUCAGAAGGACAAAUUAUUACUCAAUAUAUGAUUAUUUUACAUUUUAAAUUAAAAAAAUAUUACAGAAAAUUAUACUUUGAAUCUUUCAAAUUAUGAAGCAGCAGUUAGAGCAAGAUCCCAUCUAAAUGUGACUGAUUUAGUCAAAUCAGGAUUUAUUUGAUAUAAAAUAGGUUUUUGAUUGUUACAAAUUUUAUGACAAUUUGCUUAGCUCUACAGUCAGGGAUUUAGAAAGGCUGGGUUGGUUUUUUUUUUUUUUUCAAUUUUCUGGCAACAGUAACCUCACAGAGAACUGAUACUCCUAAGAAAUCUACCUAGUAAAAUAGUGUUUAGAAUCACUAAACCUAGCAAAUUAUCCUAAAAAGAUAAAUCUUUCAGUUUGUUGAUGUACACUCAGGUAUUUUUUUCCCUCAACUUAAUUUUCCACUUAGCUAGAAGAUUUGUAACUGUAUCAAUGGAAUUUUUAAAUAGUAUGAAAUUUUUAGACUUUAAUGAUUGAAGUAAGAAUACUUUAUUCCAACAAACACAUAAUAACAGAUGUGUAUAAUAAUAAUUUUUUACACAUCGAUUAUCAUCACAUCAGUUAACUGUCUUGGUUAUUAUCAUCUUCUGGGUUAUGAACCACUGCAGGUAAUACUGCGUCACUUUCUUUUCCCAUCAAAAAUCUAAGAAUGUCAAACAUUUCAGAAAGAUGACUUAGAAAACUUAUAAGUUUUUUACAAUGGAACUACUUAAAAGGACAUAUUUAUCCACAUAUAUUUUUCUCAAAAGGGUAUCUCUUUGGAUUUCAUUACACUUCAGAUAAUCUCAGAAAAUAUUCUUUUAUUCAACUUCCAAAUCUUAUGUUUUCUAAGAUUGUUUAUUAAGAAAAAGAAGGUAUGGCAAUAUUAAUACUCAGCAGUGGAAAGAAUUUGCUGUAAUAACAGUGCUUCUUGCUAAUGUUAAUCACUAAUCCAUCUUUUCACAGUCUGCAUGGUAUUUUGUCUAUUACAUGAAACCAGAUACUUUCAUACAGAUUUAGAGGAAAAAAUGCAUGCAAUGACAUUUUCUAUUUUCUUAUACUCUUCUCUAGGUAUGUACUUUAGUAAUUCUUGGAGACCAGAUACUAAAUGGAUCUUUGAUUUGGCCUAGGAUGACAGUUAGUAAGUUCAUAAUAUGCGCUUGUGUAGGAUCACUGUGGAAACCAAUUUCCUCAGACAUACCUAUAAUUACGAGUGCUUUCUUGACGUUUUUCAUGGAAUCUUUUUUAAUGGAAAUUUCUCAGAAUUUCCAUCCUUAUAUAUUCAUGUAUUAUCUGAAGCUUGUAAAUCAAACAUCUAAAAGACUGUACAAACGUGGAUGUGUUUCUACCAGAGAAAUUACUUAGUUUCAUUAUAAUUACUUCAAGAGGAAAUGAAAAAUUCAGAUGAUCAAAAUAAUUGCAGAGGAUCAUCUGUAAAAAAAAUAAUGAAGUAACUGCUACUUUAAGAUUAAAUACAGACAGAAGAGUUCAAAAGGUUUCUGUGUAAAUGGACACAAAAAUGCUUCUUACUCGUACAAUUUGAAAGUAGAAAAUUAGAUACUAGCCAUGUAGCUAUUUGAUAUUAAUGUCAAGCAAAAUGUAAUUGAUUAACUACAUAUGAGAAUACACUCCUGUAAAGACUUUCUUCCCACAUACUUUUUUUUUU